AAAUCGGCUGUAGCAGCCGCCUCUCUCUCGAUCCUUCCCAUCUCUCGAGUCUCUCUCUUCUUCCAGAACCAAAGAACGGCGACUUCUUCUCUCUCUCGCCUCUCUCAAUUUUCUGCUUCUUUCUCAUUCCAUUCACCGGAAAACGACGACGAAACUCUCUUCCUUCUCGCCCCUCCAGCCGGCGAAACGACCCGAAGACAACCCUCUUCUCUCUCUCUCGUUCUGCCUUCUUCUUUCUCACUCGCCAUUCACUGCCUCUCCGUGACGGCGACGGGCAUGGCGGCGGAACCUCGUCGGCGACGAUCGAUCGAGGUUGGUUUCGGACGAGAGGGAAAGAAGGGCGGCGAACCUUUACUGCCGGCGACAAGAACUGUGACACCGAUUUGGCCCUUCGGGAAGGGAGGAGAAACGGAAACCGGCAGCGGCCCGGCCUGCACCAGAACCGAUGGCAGGGGUUCGGUUUCGAAGAGCUAUCCGUUUUUCUCCUUUCAAGAAAAGGCAGUAAUCAUUGUUGGUCUUUGGGAUGAGAUAAGGUUGUAAGAAGUCGGUUGAUCCAAGUUGACCGAAGCUGAUCCGUUGACUUUGUUUGACUGGGCUGGUUGACUUGUGGACUGGGCCGAAAAUUAUGGGCCUGGAUUGGGUUUAUGGUUUGAGAAUUGGGCUGCUGGUGUGGGUUUGUUUCUGAUAGUUUUCUUUUUUUCAAUGUAUAAUUACUAAGUGUA